UUUUAAAAGUCAUUUUCUCAUUAGUUAAUAAAAACUAUUUAAACACUCUAAAACUUUUAAUUUCGCCUGAUAGUAUAAUCGAGAUAGGUUGCAUGAAUACAUAAAUGGAUACUCGGAAACGAAACGUUUCGAAACAUGGAAACAUGAUUUUUGAUUUUUUUUGCUUUGAAAACGUUUUAGAAACGUCUAUAUAUAUGUAACUGAUUAAUAUUUGUAUUUAUUUUUAUUAUGUUUAGUAUAUUUUAAAAUAUAAAUAAACAAAUAAUCAUUCUAUUUAAUCAGACGAAAAUAAAAUAAAUCAUUAUUAAAAAUUCAAAAUAACAAAAACCCAGUACUUAGAUACUAAAUAGUUUAACUAAACUAGAAAUCAUAACAACAAGUCAUAACCAAUGAAAAAGUUCUAGCGUUUCUAAAACAGAAACACGAGUUUCUAAAAUAGAAAGACAAAAAUUUAAAAAAACGAGUUUCCUGUAGUUUCCAAGAGAUUCCAAUUCGGAAACGACUUCCAUGCAACAUAUAUCGAGACUAAAAAGGAAUUUUCCCAUGGAACUAAUUUGCGUAUUAUUUAAUUUUUCUGAUAAUCUUUUCAAAAAAUGAUCCAUAUAUAAAGCCGGCGCCUCUAUAAGAGCAACUCCAGCGAGAUCUUCCUUUUCUCUCUCUCUAGAGGUCUUGUGUUGUUUUAGAGGAGCAAGCUCAAGUCAAGUAAUGCAAGACUCACAAGAAUCAUCGGAAUCAAUGGAUUCGUCUGCAACUAUCAACGGCCAGGACGGCGGCGAUUUAGAUGAACAAGACCCAUUUGACAAUAACGAGUUCCUCAACCACGCUUGGCUCUACAAUAUCGCAAUCCCAGACAAUCUUUAUCCUCAAGAUGCGAAUCCUCAUCCGUUAUCUCCACCACGACUUACUCACUUCACGUUUCGAUGGCAAGAGAUCUUAGACGGAACACAAAACCUCCACAACACGAACUUGCUCCGUCGAGGCGACUCCAGCCAAGUCUAUCUCUGCGAUUUCCCAAGAUUUGAUAAGGUCGGAGCUGCAAAGAUUCGAGAUUUACAAGACGGAGAGGCUCACCCUGAGUUCGUGGCAGAGAUCAAAGCCUUACACAGAGCUAAUAACCCGAACGUGGUCAAACUUCUCGGCAAAUGUGUCAACCGCGAACACUGCGUCAUCGUCCACGAGUUCAUACCAAAAGGCUCUCUCGAUCACUACCUCUUUGCUGGUAAUAAAACCAAUCAGGUUUUGGAUUGGUACACAAGGAUGAGAAUCGCAGUGGGUGUAGCUGAAGCUCUUGUUUACGUACACGAGGAGUUGAAGAUGAUUCACAGAGAUGUUAGGGCUUCCAAGGUUUUACUUGAUGAGGAUUUUAUGCCGAAGCUGAGUGGUUUUGGAUUAGCGACAAGAAUCGUUGAAGAUGAAGCUGGUGUUGAGCAGCAGAGCGAGAUCAGUAGGAUCAAGGGAAGUACGGGAUGCAUAGCACCCGAAACAGAGUGGUUCGGUUUGGUUUCGAGCAAGUCUGAUGUCUACAGCUACGGAGUUUUCCUGUUGACGCUUUUCACUGGAAGGAAAGCUUUUGAUAUUGAAGAACUUGGUCCAGCAAGGACGCUCACUGAUUGGUUAAUGCCAGUAUUGAACAUAGAAGAGUGUAUGCCUCUGGUUGUUGAUGCUGCGCUGGCUAGAUGGUUUUCGGCUGAAGGUUUGGUCAGAUUAUUUCAUGUGGCGAGGAUGUGUUUGGACCAAGAGGUAGUCGCACGGCCUACUAUGCGUUUCGUGGAGUUGAUGGUUCGUCACGCUGCAGAUUAUGAGGCCCUAGAGUGGCUCCCAGUGACCAAGAGGUCUUCGAUUUAGGAAGUUUUAUAGGCUGCUUUUUUUUUUUGGUUUUCAUGAAAAGCAGCAUUAUAUAGUUAGUUGUUUGGAUGUGUAGCUGGUGAUUUUCAACUGUUCUUUUAUAUAUGAUUUGAGAUGAGAUCAGGUUGUGAACUUUUGAGACAAUGCCAUCUGUUAAUCAACGUUUGAGAUUGUUUGCCUUUUAUCUCCCUGUUCUUACCUUUGGAAUUUUAUUAGGCUUCGAUGCGUAGAUUUGGAUUCAAGUCAAGUGGAUCUGAUGAAUGAUUCUACAACUUUACAAGUCAUGUUGUAAAAGUUCUGGACUCUUGCUCAUACAAUACAGCGAGAAGCUUCUUGUGCAAGUAAGCUUUACUUGCAGAUCUUCUUUGGUUGUCACAAUAGAUAGAAUUAGGGUUAACAUCCAAGUUAAUUUAAAAAAAGAGGUUAACAUCCAAGGAGUUAUGUGACCAUGGAGGA